AUGGAGGUUGGAAACCACACCAGCGUGACACAGUUCAUCAUUUUGGGGUUAACAGAGGAUUCUACACUUUGUGUCGUCUUCUUUGUGAUAUUUCUCGGAAUCUAUAUUGUCACUUGAAUGGGCAAUGUCAGCCUAAUCAUGUUAAUCAAUAGCAGCCCUCAGCUUCACACCCCAGUGUACCUUUUCCUUUGUCAUUUGGCCUUUGUGGACAUCUGGUUAUCCUCUUCAGUCACACCUGUCAUGCUCAUGGGCUUCCUGAGGAAAGGUAUCUCUCUGCCUAUUGCUGGCUGUGUGGCUCAACUCUAUGCUAUGGUCAAAUUUGGGACCACUGAGUGCUUCCUGCUGGCUUCCAUGGCCUAUGAUCGUUAUGUAGCCAUCUGCUCACCACUGCUCUACUCCACUCACAUGUCCCCCAGAAUCUGCAUUCUCUUAGUGGAGAUGUCCUACUUGAGUGGAUGUUUGAAUGCUUGGACAUUUAAUGACUGUUUAUUGAGUCUGUCUUUUUGUGGACCAAAUCAGGUAGAUCGCUUUUUCUGUGAUUUCUCUCCUUUGUUGAAACUUUCCUGCUCGGAUAUCUCCAUUAUUGAAAUCAUCCCUUCCAUCUCUUCUGGAUCCAUCAUUGUGGUCACAGUGUUUGUCAUAUCUCUCUCUUACAUCUGCAUCCUCAUCACAGUCCUGAAGAUGCGCUCCGCUGAAGGGAGACACAAAGCCUUCUCCACCUGCACCUCCCACCUCACUGCCGUUACUCUCUACUAUGGAAAUCGCUACUCAACUGACCAGAACAGAGUGGUAUCUCUGUUCUACACAGUGGUGAUCCCCAUGUUGAACCCUCUCAUCUACAAUCUGAGGAACAGAGAUGUGAAGGAGGCCCUGAGAAAGGCAACUGUCAGAUUACAUUUGUAG